AUGUUUAGGAAUCUAAGUUAUUGGCUUGCUGAACAACUUCUACCACCUGAACCUGAUCCAAGACUUUCAAAUUAUCCAUUAAUGUCAACAUGGACACCAACUGCACUUAUUUCGUUAGUUUACACAUUAGGUGUGUAUAUUUGGCGUAUGGAAUUAAUUCGACGAUUUAAUUUACAAGGAAUGAAAUUAAAAUCAAGCGGAACACAAUUCAUAACAUAUUCUAUGGUGUUUUAUAACUUUAGUAUGGUACUAUUCUCCACGUAUUUAUCAAUAUCUAGUUUAAUUUUAAUACGUCAACUUGGUUAUGGUUUCGGUUGUAUUGAAUUACCAAAUCCAAAUGAUAAACGUACUGAUGGUUUAGUAUACUAUGGUUAUUUAUAUUUUAUUUCAAAAUUUAUUGAAAUGAUGGACACGGUGUUUUUCUUAUAUCGUGGUAAAGUUGAUCAAGUCACAUUUUUACAUGUAUUUCAUCAUGCAUCAAUGCCACCAUCAGUAUGGUGGGGUUUAAAAUAUGCACCUGGUGGUCUACUAUAUAUGUUCCCAUUAGUUAAUAGUUUUGUUCAUAUUAUUAUGUAUACUUAUUAUGGAUUGGCAGCAGCUGGUGUUUAUCGUUUAUUAUGGUGGAAAAAUUAUGUUACUCUUAUUCAAAUGUUACAAUUCUUAUGGUUUAUUAUACAUCAAGGACAAUUUCUUAUAUUUCCAAGUAAAUGUAAUUUUCCUAAAAUAUUUCCAGCAGUUGUAUGCAUCUAUGCUUUGUUAUUUUUUAUAUUAUUUUUAAAUUUCUAUAUGAAAGCUUAUUGGAAGAAAGAACGUUUAGCUAAAGCAUUGAAAAUUGA